UUAAAAAUCUGUAACUUAUAAUGUGCACCUUGCUUAUCCACUAUUACAACCUCAUUGUUUUUAAUUUGAUGUUUUAAUACCGUGUUGUGGUGGUUUUUUUUUUCAGUUGUUGUGUAUAUAUUAUUAUUGGUUUUGUUCCUUGAUGUUUCAUAUUUUAUUUUAUAUUGUUUUGUAUCUGAUUUUGCGGUAAGCCCCCCCGAGUCGCCUUCGGGGGAGAUGGAGGCGGGAUAUAAAUAAACUUCUUAUUAUUAUUAUUAUUAUUAUUAUUAUUAUUAUUAUUAUUAUUAUAUAUAAAAGGGUAAUGGAAUCACGGCACCGGACAAAACAACUAAACUAAACGCCCCACAACCUCAAAAAUUGACAGCACAACCUUUCAUCCACGCCUCUACGUUCAUACAACAAAAAGAAAAGAAAAAAUUAAGUCCUAGCCACAGCAACACGUGGUCAGGCAUAGCUAUCUAUCUAUCUAUCUAUCUAUCUAUCUAUCUAUCUAUAUAUGGUUUUUCAGCCUUGCUUUGACCUUUAAACUUCUCCUGCGCAGGUUUGGGGCUGGUUGAUCCGGCUUCGUGAAAAACGGUGGAAAUGGCAGCCUUACACCUACUUGCGGAGUGAUUAAUCCAGCUCUGAAUGGCUGCCUGACUUUGAUAGGGAGGGGGAGGCCGGUCCCAAGGGUAUGAUUAUGUGAAAUCGUAGCUCCGCGGGGGUGAGGAGCGGGUGGGAGGGCUAAUUAAUUACACAUUUACUACGGGGAAUCGGGAAGGAAAAGAAAUGCCACCUAAGCUGCGAUUUUUCCUGUUUGGUUCCGCAGAGGAGACGCAGAAACGGCAAACCUUUAACCCCUUGACGUUAACUUCCAAGGCGAAGUUUGUGCAUUUCUGCACCAAAUGCCCUCUGGUUCGUCCAGCUACGUUUUUAGGAUUCUCACUUGUGGCUGGGACGGGAUUCUGAAGUGCCAAAGCUCUUUGGAGACGUUAGGCCCAUUCACAAUGUUGAGUAGGAGUCAUAAGGAGGAGGGAGCUAGCUUGUUUUCAGCUGUCCUGGAGACUAGGACGUGAAACAAUGGCUUCAAACUUCAGGAAAGAAAGGAGAUUCCACCUGAACAAGAGGAAGGACUUCCUAAUUGUGACAGCUUGGCUCAAUGUUGGGAUCAGGAAACAUUUGGUAACAGGAAAAAGUUCCUGAAGGCCAUCGAUUUACAAAUGCAGUGUUGUAAAUGCUUCAGCUGUACUCUAUAAAAAGGAAAAUUUAGCCACGGUGGUGCAAUGGGUUAAACUCCUGACCGAAAAGUUGGCAGUUCAAGUCUACAGGACCUUGUGAGCUCCCGCUGUUAGCCCUAUCUUCUGCCAACCUGGGAAAGGUUCCUGAAGACCAUCAAUUUACAAAUGUAGUGUUGUAAAUGCUUCAGCUGUACUCUAUAAAAAGGAAAAUUUAGCCACGGUGGUGCAAUGGGUUAAACUCCUGACCGAAAAGUUGGCAGUUCAAGUCUACAGGACCUUAUGAGCUCCCGCUGUUAGCCCUAUCUUCUGCCAACCUGGGAAAGGUUCCUGAAGGCCAUCAAUUUACAAAUGCAGUGUUGUAAAUGCUUCAGGUGUACUCUAUAAAAAGGAAAAUUUAGCCACAGCGGUGCAAUGGGUUAAACUCCUGACCAGAAGGUUGGCAGUUCUAAUCCACGGGACAGUGUGAGCUCCCACUGUUAGCCCUAUCUCCUGCCAACCAGGCAUUUGGUAACAGGGAAAGGUUCCUGAAGGCCAUCAAUUUAUAAAUGCAAUGUUGUAAAUGCUUCAGCUGUACUCUAUAAAAAGGAAAAUUUAGCCACAGAGGUGCAAUGGGUUAAACUCCUGACCGGAAGGUUGGCAGUUCAAAUCCACGGGACGGUGUGAGCUCGCACUGUUAGCCCUAGUUCCUGCCAACCUGGCAGUUCGAAAACAUGCAAAUGUGAGUAGAUAAAUAGGUACCGCUUAGGCGGAGUAGGCAUAAAGACGCUCCAAGCAGUCAUGCCAGUCACAUGACCAGGAGGUGACAACGCAGGCUCCUCGGCUUGGAAAUAGAGAAGAGCACCUCCCCAAGAACCAGAAAUGAGCACCACCGCCAACGCCGGAAAUGAAAGGAGAAGCUGGAAAUGAAAGAAGAAGCCUUUGCCUUUGUUUGUGUGCCUUCAUUGUAUGCGACUGUAAAGACAUUAUAUUAAGGAGGAUUGAGGAGCACUGAUUUAACGCAUUGCACCACCCUUGAUAGAUGAUAUAUGUUAUUGUUCUCUAAAGGUAGAGGUGAUAGCCGGAAAUGAAAGGAGAAGCCUUUGCCUUGGUUUGUGUAUAUGCGUCUCAUUGUAUUGUAUUGCUAAUGAAAGGAGAAGCCUUUGCCUUGGUUUGUGUAUAUGCGUCUCAUUGUAUUGUAUUGCUAAUGAAAGGAGAAGCCUUUGCCUUGGUUUGUGUAUAUGCGUCUCAUUGUAUUGUAUUGCUAAUGAAAGGAGAAGCCUUUGCCUUGGUUUGUGUAUAUGCGUCUCAUUGUAUUGUAUUGCUAAUGAAAGGAGAAGCCUUUGCCUUGGUUUGUGUAUAUGCGUCUCAUUGUAUUGUAUUGCUAAUGAAAGGAGAAGCCUUUGCCUUGGUUUGUGUAUAUGCGUCUCAUUGUAUUGUAUUGCUAAUGAAAGGAGAAGCCUUUGCCUUGGUUUGUGUACAUGUGUCUCAUUGUAUUGUAUUGCUAAUGAAAGGAGAAGCCUUUGCCUUGGUUUGUGUAUAUGCGUCUCAUUGUAUUGUAUUGCUAAUGAAAGGAGAAGCCUUUGCCUUGGUUUGUGUACAUGCGUCUCAUUGUAUUGUAUUGCUAAUGAAAGGAGAAGCCUUUGCCUUGGUUUGUGUACAUGCGUCUCAUUGUAUUGUAUUGCUAAUGAAAGGAGAAGCCUUUGCCUUGGUUUGUGUAUAUGCGUCUCAUUGUAUUGUAUUGCUAAUGAAAGGAGAAGCCUUUGCCUUGGUUUGUGUAUAUGCGUCUCAUUGUAUUGUAUUGCUAAUGAAAGGAGAAGCCUUUGCCUUGGUUUGUGUACAUGCGUCUCAUUGUAUUGUAUUGCUAAUGAAAGGAGAAGCCUUUGCCUUGGUUUGUGUACAUGUGUCUCAUUGUAUUGUAUUGCUAAUGAAAGGAGAAGCCUUUGCCUUGGUUUGUGUACAUGCGUCUCAUUGUAUUGUAUUGCUAAUGAAAGGAGAAGCCUUUGCCUUGGUUUGUGUACAUGCGUCUCAUUGUAUUGUAUUGCUAAUGAAAGGAGAAGCCUUUGCCUUGGUUUGUGUAUAUGCGUCUCAUUGUAUUGUAUUGCUAAUGAAAGGAGAAGCCUUUGCCUUGGUUUGUGUACAUGCGUCUCAUUGUAUUGUAUUGCUAAUGAAAGGAGAAGCCUUUGCCUUGGUUUGUGUACAUGCGUCUCAUUGUAUUGUAUUGCUAAUGAAAGGAGAAGCCUUUGCCUUGGUUUGUGUACAUGCGUCUCAUUGUAUUGUAUUGCUAAUGAAAGGAGAAGCCUUUGCCUUGGUUUGUGUAUAUGCGUCUCAUUGUAUUGUAUUGCUAAUGAAAGGAGAAGCCUUUGCCUUGGUUUGUGUAUGUGCGUCUCAUUGUAUUGUAUUGCUAAUGAAAGGAGAAGCCUUUGCCUUGGUUUGUGUAUGUGCGUCUCAUUGUAUUGUAUUGCUAAUGAAAGGAGAAGCCUUUGCCUUGGUUUGUGUAUAUGCGUCUCAUUGUAUUGUAUUGCUAAUGUGGCCCUUCAUGAAAAUGAGAACGUGGUGGGACACACAAUUGGGAAAGCUCUGCUCUAAGCCUUUUAUAUAUAUAUAGCGCAAGAGACUGCCGAGAGGACCAAGAGAUGCAAUUGGAGACUCCUUUUCCCUCCCGCCUGUGCCUCCCAUUCCCAUUCCUGUGGAUAUUUCAGGCAUCAGGGAGGGGAGAGAGCCGAGGAGUACAAAUUCAUUUGACUGACGAUUGAGAGAUCAUGCCAGAGCUUUCCCCUCCGGCUGGGCUUCUCCUUGGCUCCGUUCCAUCGGUGCGCAUGGAGCCAAGACCGAUCCAGGGGCAUGAGACAAGUUCAUCUUCUCACAGUCCCUGUCGCUCUUGAAGGCCAAAGGCCUGGAUAUUGACCUAGACUUCGGCGGCUUGUUGACACCCCCCGCCCCCAUUUCCUUUGUCAUUUACAUAUCCCUUCGGACAGAAUAUUCCGCUGCAAAAAAAGCAUCCAAAUGCUCUUAUGUCCCUCUUGUUUGGAGCCAGAUUUGAGGAAACCAUAGACAAGGAUCUUAACUACAUCUCCCUCUACAACUACAGCUCUGGAUGCAUCAUCAAUGGGGUUCAAUGUGCUCUCUGGCUGUAGGGUGAACAACAACUCCCACUAUGAUGAGUCAGUCACCUCAAACACCUCCACUAGAUUGAGUUAGCCAUAGGGGUUCUGUGUGCCAAGUUUGGUCCAGGUCCAUCAUUGGUGGAGGUCCGUUUCUCUGGUUGUGGGUGAACUAGAGCCCGGCCCCUCUGGUUGAGGGGCCGGGCUGUGGCGCAGCUGGCUAGUAACCAGCUGCUAUAAAUCACUACUGACCGAGAGGUCACGAGUUCGAAGCCCGGGUCGGCCAUUAAUAGCCCUGGCUUGCUGUUGACCUAUGCAGCCCCGAAAGACAGUUGCAUCUGUCAAUUAGGGAAAUUUAGGGACGCUUUAUGCGGGAGGCUAAUUUACAACACCAUAAAACUGCCAGCAAAACACAAGGAAAGGAAUGAGGAAGUACAGCCACUACUGGACGGUGAAGCAACAGCUCCCCCUGUGGCCGGAAUCGUGAAGCUGGAAAAAUGUUAAAAAUGCCUCUGAGUCUGUCUAAUAUAUGUUGUUUGUCUGUUGGCAUUGAAUGUUUGCCAUAUAUGUGUUCAUUGUAAUCCGCCCUGAGUCCCCUUCGGGGUGAGAAAGAAGGGCGGAAUAUAAAUACUGUAAAUAAAUAAAAUAAACUACAACUCCCAGAAAGGAAGGUCGGUUCUCUAAACCUAACCCAAGCCCCUCCAGUAAUCAAAUUUAGGCAUAUCAGGUAUGGGUGGCCAAGCCUGACCCAGAUCCAUCCGUUUUGGGGUUCACAAUGCUCUCUGGAUGUAGGUGAACUAUAAAUCCCAGUAUGUACAAUUCCAAAAUGUCCCGGCCAAUUCUCCUCAAAACCCACCAGGAUUCAAAUGUGGGCAUAUCGGGUAUGUGUGCCAAGUCUAGUCCAGAUCCAUCGGUGUCCGAGUUCACGGUGUUGUCUGGAUGUAGGUGAACUACAACUCCCACAAAUCAAGGCGAAUUUUCCCCAAAGACCUCCAGUAUUUUUUUAUAGUCAUGGGGGUUCUGUGUGCCAAAUUUGGUCCAAUUCUAUCUUUGGUGGAGUUCAGAGUUCUCACUGAUCGCAGGUGAACUAUACAUCCCAGUACCUACAACUCCAAAAUGUCUAGGCCAAAUCUACCAGUAUUAAAAUUUGGGCAUAUAAUUAUUAUUUUAUAUAUGUAUAGAUUUAUAUAAUAAUAUUUAUAUUAUUUAUAUAUUAUAUAUAUGUAUAUAUUUUAAUAUAAAGCAUGGGUAAAAAUUAACAAACCCUUACAUUACAUUAUAUUACAUUACAUUACAUUACAUUACAUUACAUUACAUUACAUUGCAUUGGCUGAGAACAAGUGGGCAGAGAUUAGCACUCUAAACUGGCAGCAAUUGGAUAAAAACAAUUAUUGCUCUCCCUCUAAUUAGGACUUUAUUUUUCUUUUCUUUUUGUUGUAUCAACCUAGAGGCGUGGAUGAUGGGUUGUGUUGUCAAAUUUCGAGGUUGGGGGGCCUGUAGUUUUGUUGUUUUGUGGGUCGCCGUGAUGCCAUCACUCAUUUAUAUAUAGAUUAUAUUAUAUUAUGAGUUCGUUCAUUUUUCCUAUGUUUGAAAAUGUUGGAGACACCCCAUGUUUUGGUUUUUAUUUGGGGUCAUGCUGCUCUUUCAUAUUUUUGAAAAAUCAUCUCGAAACCAGAUUUGGUGCAAAGAGGAAAAUGGAAUAAAGUGAUCCCAAGCCCUCUCUGACAUGUUGAAUGGAUCUCUGUUUGCCACAUAGGAUGCCUCUUGGCCGCAUCCCUCUCUGCGACAAUCCCAGAUGGAUCUCCGCUCCUGAAAUACGGUUCUCCGGAGACUCCUUCCAGGCCUUCCCAACCCAGGCCUGCGCCUCCCGAGCCUCACUUCGCAUUCCGACUCGAACUUGACUCAACAUCUCCAGCUCCUUGGUUUCCAAACCUUGGAUCAUUUCUCUCGUCCUUCUAUGGACACUUUUCCAUCUUGUCCGUCUCCUUCUUGAAAUGCUGAAGAGAGGGAAACUACAACGUUCAUGCUUUGAACCCAAGUUUGCUAGCACUGAAGUUAGUUGAUGUUUCGACAUGAAUGCAGUCCUCAACGGCAAUGAUAUCCGGGGACACGGGAUGCAGAUCUGCCGUCCAGCAACAAGCUUUUCAACAUUUCUCCCGUAUUAUUCUGUGUAAUUUCCCUCUUCCCAACAACGCCUCCUGAUCUUUCACUGACAGUAAAUUAAAAAUAGCCCGAGAGUGACAGCUUUUGGUAUGUUUCUUCUUCUUCUUCUCCUCCAUCUUCUUCUCCCAUCAGUUAUGAUGGAUUAUUAUCAACCAUAUGGAGGUGGGGGGGGGGGGGGAUAAGAAGUGAAAAACAGAAAAACAGCAUCAACGUAGAAACUGAAAACAUUGACUGUCUUGCCGGUUUAGCGUUGUUCGAUGUGUGUGCUUUGCUCUUCUGCCUUGACUACCUGGUAACCUGGUAAAUAGAAGUCCAAAAAGGUUAUUGACCCACAAAAAAGAGAAGAAAACGAGAGUGCUAAGAAUGUAACAGACUGCUGAAAAAAUGAGUUGUUUAAUGCACUGCUUCUUAAAUUGUGAUUCCUGAUACAAAAUGUCAUCUGGCAACUGUAAAGGUUAUCUGACUGGAACCAACCUACCCAUAUGUCCAACCUACCCAUAGUCUUCUUUCUAAUGUUCUUCUAUGUCCAACCUCCCCAUAGUCUCCUUCCCAAUGUGCCUGUGUUCAACCUCCCCAUAGUAUCCUUGCCAAUGUACUUCCAUGUCUAACUACUCCAGUCUCCUUCCCAACGUGCCUCAAUGUGCCUCAAUGUCCAACCUCCCCAUAGUAUCCUUGCCAAUGUACUUCCAUGUCCAACUACCCCAUAGUCUCCUCCCCAAUGUUCAUCAAUGUGCCUCGAUGUCAAACUUCCCCAUAGUCUCCUUCCCAAUGUGCCUGUGUUCAACCUCCCCAUAGUAUCCUUGCCAAUGUACUUCUAUGUCCAACUACCCCAUAGUCUCCUUCCCAAUGUGCUUCAAAGUUCCUCCAUGUCCAACUUCCCCAUAGUCUCCUUCCCAAUGUGCCUGUGUUCAACCUCCCCAUAGUAUCCUUGCCAAUGUACUUCCAUGUCCAACUACCCCAUAGUCUCCUCCCCAAUGUUCAUCAAUGUGCCUCGAUGUCCAACUUCCCCAUAGUCUCCUUCCCAAUGUGCCUGUGUUCAACCUCCCCAUACUAUCCUUGCCAAUGUACUUCUAUGUCCAACUACCCCAUAGUCUCCUUCCCAAUGUGCUUCAAAGUUCCUCCAUGUCCAACUACCCCAUAGUCUCCUUCCCAAUGUGCCUGUGUUCAGCCUCCCCAUACUAUCCUUGCCAAUGUACUUCUAUGUCCAACUACCCCAUAGUCUCCUUCCCAAUGUGCUUCAAAGUUCCUCCAUGUCCAACUACCCCAUAGUCUCCUUCCCAAUGUGCCUGUGUUCAGCCUCCCCAUACUAUCCUUGCCAAUGUACUUCUAUGUCCAACUACCCCAUAGUCUCCUUCCCAAUGUGCUUCAAAGUUCCUCCAUGUCCAACUACCCCAUAGUCUCCUUCCCAAUGUGCCUGUGUUCAGCCUCCCCAUACUAUCCUUGCCAAUGUACUUCCAUGUCCAACUACCCCAUAGUCUCCUUCCCAAUGUGCCUGUGUUCAGCCUCCCCAUACUAUCCUUGCCAAUGUACUUCCAUGUCCAACUACCCCAUAGUCUCCUUCCCAAUGUGCCUGUGUUCAACCUCCCCAUAGUAUCCUUGCCAAUGUACUUCUAUGUCCAACUACCCCAUAGUCUCCUUCCCAAUGUGCUUCAAAGUUCCUCCAUGUCCAACUACCCCAUAGUCUCCUUCCCAAUGUGCCUGUGUUCAGCCUCCCCAUACUAUCCUUGCCAAUGUACUUCCAUGUCCAACUACCCCAUAGUCUCCUUCCCAAUGUGCCUGUGUUCAACCUCCCCAUAGUAUCCUUGCCAAUGUACUUCUAUGUCCAACUACCCCAUAGUCUCCUUCCCAAUGUGCUUCAAAGUUCCUCCAUGUCCAACUACCCCAUAGUCUCCUUCCCAAUGUGCCUGUGUUCAACCUCCCCAUAGUAUCCUUGCCAAUGUACUUCCAUGUCUAACUACUCCAGUCUCCUUCCCAACGUGCCUCAAUGUGCCUCAAUGUCCAACCUCCCCAUAGUAUCCUUGCCAAUGUACUUCCAUGUCCAACUACCCCACAGUCUCCUUCUCAAAGUGCCUCCAUGCUCAACCUCCCCAUAGUCUUCCCAUAAUAUCCUUGAUGAUGUAUUUCCAUGUCCAACUACCCCACAGUCUCCUUCCCAAUGUGCAUCUAUGUUCAACCUCCCCAUAGAGUCUCCUUCCCAAUGUGCCUCUAUGUCCAACUUCCCCAUAAUUUUUGUAUUUUUGGUGCGGAACGAAAACGCCCAUUCGAAAAGGCGCUCAAAACGAAAACGGGGAGCAUACGAAUAAAACGAACAGAAACGGAUAGCGAUUCUAUACAAAUGCACAAGUCUACAUUUCAGGAGUGGGGAAAAACCAUACCUAUAAUGUCUGUGAACUUGUUUUUUUCCUGGACAAACAAAUUUUAUUUUUAGAUAUUGCGUCUAUACACUGUACAUUCAGUCACUGUGGUAUAUAUAAGCAUAGCUAUUUUCAUACAUAAUCUGAUAAAGUCCUUUAUUUUAUAAUAUUAUCUGUUUCCGAGUUGGAAAGGGAAUUGGGGGGGGGGGGGGGAAAGGAGCUUGGAAAGGACUAUCAAGAUACACAGCGAAAUAGAUAAAUACCCCACGCUAUUUUUUUUCCUUUUUUCUUAUUUUUUUUGUAAAUCAGGCAUUUAUAAACAAAGAAAGCAUAUUCAACUACAUAAAAAUAGUUCUAAAACAGGAGAGCAAGUCAUAAAAUUGUUAGCAGCAGCUGGGGGAGAAGUAACCAAAAAAAAAAAAAAAAGAUGUGCUGAAAUUGGGGUUUUUUUUACACGUUUGUAAAUUUUGCAGCAUUUACUCCCUCGAUUAUAAACGUAAUUUUCUGAGAGUUAUUUUUUUUCCUCUUUUCUUCAAAAAAGUCCUUUUUUUCUAAACGCACAGAUUGCUUGGGGGCGGGAGGGGAAGCGUCCGUUUCGUUUGAAUCAUAAAAUAUCUUACAACGAAGGACCGGAAAAAAAAAAUCAAAUCGGAUGAAAAACGACGAGAAGAAAGUCUUAAAACGACGUUGGAAUUUGGAUGGAAAAAAAGUAAAAAAAAAAAAUCUCGACUUUUUUUCUCAAUUGUUUUUUUUCUCGACAGUUUUUUUUCUCAAUUGUUUUUUUCUCGACUGUUGAACAGAUUGCAACCUUUUUCCAUUUCAAAAAAAAACACAACUAAUAAAACAAGACAACUAAGUAAGAAAAAGGUUUCGAAAAAAGUAAACACCAUAUACACUUAUUAUACAACUGUAAAAUGAAGAAAGUAUUUACAAAAUAAUUUUUUUUACAUUGGUUAGUUUUGUCUGAAAAAAAAGCAGGUUAUCAUCAUUAUUAUUAUUAUGUAUAAUUAUUAGCUGCUCCGUAUAUACGAAUAUCUUAUUGCUGUCGAUAUUCUUUCCCCCCUUGUUAAAAGUCUUACUUGAAUAUUUCUUUUUUUAAAAAAAAAAGUGAAUUAAAUUGAAUAUAGAAUUAUCUAGAGAAAAUACAUACAUACAUAUAUAGGCAUACAUGUAUGUAUGUGGUAUAGGGAGAGUCAACAGCUUAUGUAGUAAAAUACCUCUUCUCCCCUUUGAAAGAAAAAUGGAACUGAGCGACGGGAAGAAUUGCGAGCGAAAAUGGCAAAAGCAAGGACGUUAUAGGCGAGGAUAAUACAAUUUCCCUUUAUAGGCUGGUUGUUGCCACAGACUUUGGAUGUAUUGGGAGAAAGAUCCCGUUCACGCUUGACCCCGAGGAACUUGAUCCCGGAGGAAAAUUACCGCGAUAGUGUUUUCAUCCGAAGGCGAACGUUCGCGGAGAACGUUGCCACCCAUCUGGAGCACAAGCAACCAUUUUGCCGUGUUCGGAUGAGCUAUUUAUACGCAGCGGGGCUGGGAAGGGGGCCAGCAACGAGCCUCGUGGUUUGCAGCGACAAAAAUCGCUUGAUUGUGUCCAUCUGCCGAAAAGGAAAAGCGUGGCGAAUCCGCAAGAACUGUCAAACGUGUUUUGUUCCCUUCCUGACGUUUUCUGUUCCUACUUAAUGAUUUGCUUUGGAAAGCUCUCCAAGAGGGUUCUGGCUGGCCGUUGGGUGGAAAAAUCGAGAGGUUACCAUAAAAAAAAAAAAGAACAACAAGAGAGACGACAAUCACACAGCCCAACAACAACAACAUUUUCUGCGUCUCAGGCCUGUUCCUGGGUUUAUUUGAGGCACCGAUUCAGAAAACUGCACUGGAUAGAUCCGAAGGUCGGCAAUUCGAAGCCGCGAGACUGAGUGAGCUCCCAUGUGGUAACACAUCCAGGCGUCCCCUGGGCAACGUCUCUGUAGACGGCCAAUUCUCUCACACCAGUAUGUUCUUGGGGUGAGCUCCCAUCUGUCAGCUCUAGCUUGCGGGAACAUAAGAGAAGCUUCCCAGCAGGAUGGUGACACAUCCGGGUGUCCCCUGGGCAAGGUCUCUGUAGAUGGCCAAUUCUCUCACACCAGUACAUUCUUGGGGUGAGCUCCCAUCUGUCAGCUCUAGACUCAUGGGGACAUAAGAGAAGCAUCCCAUAGGAUGGUAACACAUCCAGGCGCCCCUUGGCAACAUCUCUGUAGACAGCCGAUUCUCUCACACCAGUAUGUUCUCGGGGUGAGCUCCCAUCUGUCAGCUCUAGCUUGUGGGGACAUAAGAGAAGCCUCCCAGCAGGAUGGUAACUCAUCCAGGCAUCCCCUGGGCAACGUCUCUGUAGACGGCCGAUUCUCUCACACCAGUAUGUUCUUGGGGUGAGCUCCCAUCUGUCAGCUCUAGCUUGUGGGGGACAUAAGAGAAACCUCCCAGCAGCAUGGUAACACAUCCGGGUGUCCCCUGGGCAACGUCUCUGUAGAUGGCUGAUCCUCUCACACCAGUAUGUUCUUGGGGUGAGCUCCCAUCUGUCAGCUCUAGCUUGUGGGGACACAAGAGAAGCCUCCCAGCAGGAUGGUAACACAUCCGGGCGUCCCCUGGGCAACGUCUCUGUAGAGGGCCAAUUCUCUCACACCAGUAUGUUCUUGGGGUGAGCUCCCAUCUGUCAGCUCUAGCUUGUGGGGACAGAAGAGAAGCCUCCCAGCAGUAUGGUAACACAUCUAGGCAUCCCCUGGGCAACGUCUCUGUAGACAGCCAAUUCUCUCACACCAAUAUGUUCUUGGGGUGAGCUCCCAUCUGUCAGCUCUAGCUUGUGGUGACAUAAGAGAAGCCUCCCAGCAGUAUGGUAACACAUCCAGGCAUCCCCUGGGUAACGUCUCUGUAGACGGCCAAUUCUCUCACACCAGAAGCGACUUACACUAUGUUCUCGGAGUGAGCUCCCAUCUGUCAGCUCUAGCUUGCGAGAACUUGAGAGACACCUCCCAACAGGAUGCUAACACAUCUGGGCAUCCCCUGGGCAACAUCUCUGUAGAUGACCGAUUCUCUCACACCGGAAGUGACUUGCUGUAUAUUCUCAAUUUGCUUCUGAUACGAUAAAAUUUUUUGGAUAGAUCGCAUCCGCUCUAGUUUCUUAGAUAUGGUCAUUAUGAUUUUCGAUGGGUGAGCAGAUAAAGUGGUAUAUGUCACAUAUUUUUUAAAGAUGUUUUUAAGAUGUUUUUUAAAUUGUUGAUUUUAGCCGGUUCUUGUAAGCCACUCCGAGCCCUAGGGGAGUGGUGGCAUAUAAGUUUGAAAAAUAAAAUAAAUAAAUAUUCUAGAGCUGAUA